UUGGUUAGUACUGAGGCUAACACAUUCAGCAAUAACAACUGAAAGUUUGUGUGUUAGAUCCAUGGCCAUUCUUUGUCCUUCCACUGCCAUCUACCAUCUUCUCUUCUCUUUUCUUCUUCUGUUUUUCUUAUGUUAUGUGGGCAAUACACCCGUCUGUGGAGAUGCCAGAGACGGAUAUCACACCCUUGAUAUAAAUUCACUGCUGCCUAAGAGCAAUUGCUCGGCACCAGUCGGAGGAGGGUCUCAAGGGCUACCAAUAACAUAUAGUUAUGGACCAUGCUCGCAAUUAGGCCAGAAGAAGUCUCCCAGUCGUCAGCAAAUUUUUCUCCAAGAUCGGUCCAGAGUUCGCUCUAUUAACGCCAGAAUCUUGGGCCAAUAUUCUACGGAAGAAUCCAAAGACGGCGGGUCCCCAGAGUCUAUGCACUCUUUAAAUGAAGAUGGCUUUUUUCUUGUCAAUGUUGGUUUUGGCAAGCCCCAACAAAAUUUAAAUCUAAUAAUCGACACAGGCAGUGACACAACUUGGAUACGGUGCAACUCAUGUUCAUUAGGGAAUUGCCACAACAAGAAAAUCCCUACUUUUAACCCUUCCUUAUCAUCCUCUUAUUCUAAUCGUUCCUGCAUCCCCUCUACGAAGACGAACUAUACCAUGAACUAUGAAGAUAACUCCUAUUCCAAAGGAGUUUUCGUAUGUGAUGAGGUUACAUUGAAGCCCGAUGUAUUCCCCAAGUUUCAAUUUGGUUGCGGAGAUAGUGGUGGUGGAGAUUUUGGCUCAGCAUCUGGGGUACUAGGCCUUGCACAAGGGGAACAAUAUUCUUUGAUAUCUCAGACAGCUUCAAAGUUCAAAAAGAAAUUUAGUUACUGUUUCCCACAUAAUGAAAACACCAGAGGGUCUUUGUUAUUUGGGGAGAAAGCAAUUUCUGCAUCUCCCUCGCUGAAAUUUACGCGGCUUUUGAAUCCAUCUAGUGGGUCAGUGUAUUUUGUCGAACUGAUUGGUAUAAGUGUUGCCAAAAAGCGAUUGAACGUCUCUAGCUCAUUGUUUGCAUCACCUGGAACUAUAAUAGAUUCCGGAACUGUCAUCACUCAUCUUCCUACCGCAGCCUAUGAAGCACUCCGCACUGCAUUCCAACAGGAAAUGUUGCACUGUCCCUCUGUUUCUCCGCCGCCACAGGAAAAACCAUUGGACACUUGCUAUAAUCUUAAGGGAUGUGGGGGGAGAAACAUAAAGUUACCGGAAAUAGUACUACAUUUUGUGGGAGAAGUGGACGUAAGUUUGCAUCCAUCAGGAAUUCUUUGGGCCAAUGGGGACCUAACUCAAGCUUGCUUGGCUUUCGCAAGAAAAUCCCAUCCUUCUCAUGUAACCAUCAUCGGAAAUAGACAACAAGUGUCUCUAAAAGUUGUGUAUGACAUAGAAGGGGGAAGGUUAGGAUUUGGUAACGAUUGCAAGCAUUGAGAUCUAAUCCCUUCUUAUUUCUACAUGGGUUGUAGUUUGUUUUAAUUUGUUGAACAAGGGUUCAGAUAGAAUAUAUAGAUCCUAGGACAUUAUUUCUUUGGGUAAUCUGUUUCACUGUUUGAAUUGCUACAUGUUAUAAAGUUUUGUUUGUAAAACAUUCCAUUCCAAUUGUCAGAUUGCAUAAUAUCGAGAUUUGGAUAUGAGUAUACUAUUUUUGUGUUUUCUCUAA